AUGGCAGUUUCUAAUGCUUCAUCUACUACGAUAUCGUUAUCUUGGCACAGGAGACUUCAUGGUAUGAAAUGUGGACCAUCUAGUUCAUUUACAUGUUUUAAUGGAGGUGAGUGUGUCUACAGAGAGCUGUGCAACUGCAGUCGAUUUAAUGCAACUGGACCAAGAUGCCAGACAGUGUAUAAUACAGGUGCUGAAAGAGAUCAUAUAUGCAGAACAUGGGGUCAGUAUAAUUUCGAAACUUUUGAUGGACUCUAUUACUAUUUUUCUGGGAAAUCCACAUAUGUGCUUGUGAGGCAUACUGAAUUAGAUGAACAGAGUUUUUCGAUACAGGUGAAUAAUGAUCCUGAGUGCCAUUCUUCUCCUUACUCCUGCAAAAGGUCCAUUAGUUUAUUCUUUUCUGGAGAUGAACAGAUAAAGAUGAGCAAUGAAGUCACCUAUAAAGGAUUUGGAGUACAGUUACCCUAUAUUAUUGGAAACUUACACAUCCAGAAGCUAGCUGGAUACUUCCUAGUCAGGCACCAGUAUGCAUUUACUCUGGCUUGGGAUGGUGUGUCUGCAGUGUAUAUCAAAAUGGCACCAGAGUACCUGGGCAAAACACAUGGACUGUGUGGAAACAAUAAUGCUAUCCUGCAAGAUGAUCUUGAAACUAGUUAUGGAAAACUGACAGAUGAUGUAACAGAAUUUGUAGAGAGUUGGCAGGAAAAUCCUCCAGAAGGAACACCCAAUUGGGAUAAAUCUCUGCUCAAUGAACCACCCUGCCUGACACAAAGCCAUGAAUCUCUACAGAGGGCAUACAUUCUGUGUAACGUCCUGUCACAUCCCCCAUUUGAACAAUGUCAUGAAUAUGUGAGUCCUGUUCCUUUUAUGGCAAGCUGCACCAAUGAUCUUUGCAUGUCAGCAGUUGAUAAUGCAACUUGGUGUCGAGCACUAACUGAAUAUGCCAGAGCAUGUGCCCAAGCAGGAAAGCCACUUCAUGGAUGGCGAAUGCACUUUCAGCAGUGUGUGAUAACCUGUGCUGAACCCUUGAUCUACAGUGAAUGCAUCAACUGUUGCCCUGUUUCAUGUCAUCAACAAUCACAGUGCAUUGACAGUGAGCUUCCCUGCAUUGAUGGAUGCUACUGUCCAGAUGGCUUAGUUUAUGAAAAUGAAUUGUGUGUCAAGCCUAUGGACUGUCCUUGUGACUACCAUGGAAGUUUCUUUGAAAUUGGCUCAGUGGUUUAUGAGGAAUGUAAUAACUGCACUUGCAUUGGAGGAAAGUGGAUUUGUACAAAUCUUACAUGUCCAGCUGAAUGCUCAGUUUCAGGAGACAUUCAUUUCAUGACCUUUGAUGGGCGCAAAUACACUUUCCAAGCUACCUGCCAAUAUAUUCUAGCAAAAAGCCGUACGUCUGGAGCGUUUACCAUAACCUUGCAAAAUGCUCCUUGUGGACAGAACCAGGAUGGAUCAUGUAUUCAGUCAAUCAGCCUUAUUCUUAAGCAGGACCCCAAGAGGCAAGUGACCCUGACUCAUUCAGGAGAUGUUUUGGUAUAUGACCAAUACAAAAUUAACCUGCCUUAUGCAGAUGAAUUAUUUGAAAUACGGAAACUCUCCUCUGUAUUUCUUCAAGUAAAGACGCACAUUGGAUUACAGAUACUGUAUGACAGAGAAGGACUGAGGCUUUACCUCCAAGCUGAUGGACAGUGGAAAGAUGAUACUGUGGGCCUUUGUGGAACCUUCAAUGGAAAUACGGAGGAUGAUUUUUUGUCUCCAGUUGGAGUAACUGAAAGCACUCCAGAGCUGUUUGGAAACACAUGGAAAACUUCAUCGGCAUGCAUUCUUAUGCAUGAUAGUUCGCAAAUGGAUCCGUGUGAUAUUCAUCUGCAGGCAGCCUCUUAUGCAGCAGAAGCUUGUAGCGUCCUUACGAAACAACUUUUUGCUCCAUGCUACCCCUAUUUGAGUCCUGUGCCCUAUUUUGAGCAGUGCAGAAGAGACACUUGCAAAUGUGGACAGAUUUGUUUUUGCUCUGCUCUGGCCCAUUAUGCUCAUCAUUGCCGAAGAUUUGGAGUUGUUAUAGAUUUCAGAGGAGGUGUCCCAGACUGCGCUCUUUCAUGUGAAGAUACAAAAGAGUACAGUACUUGUGUAUCUACCUGUGGCAGAACCUGCCAAGCACUGUCUGUGCCAGAGACAUGCAGCAGUGAUUGUGUUGAAGGCUGUGCUUGUCCCUCUGGAAUGUAUUUGAAUUCCAAGACUGAGCGAUGUGUACAGAGAAAUGAAUGCCCAUGUUAUUUUCAAGGAAUUGACUAUCCCCCUGGAGAAAAUGUUAUGACAUCUUUGGGCAAAUGCCAUUGCAGGGAUGGAGUAAUGAAUUGUGAUAACAACUUAAUAGCACACAGCUGCCCAGUUGGACAGAUUUAUAUUAACUGCAGUAAUCCACAAGUUGAUCCUGAGCUCAGCAGAGAGAGAACUUGUGAGAAUCAGCUGCUAAACCUCACUUUCUCAGCACACCUUCCUUGUGUUUCAGGUUGUGUCUGCCCACCGGGUCUUGUUAAACAUGGGGAUGUGUGCUUGGAAGCAGAUGAAUGUCCAUGUUUAUGGAAAGGAAAAGAAUACUUUCCAGGUGACAAAGUCAUUUCUUCUUGCCAUACAUGCAUUUGCCAGCAUGGAUCAUUUCAAUGCACGUUUCAUCCUUGCCCAUCAAUGUGUACUGCGUAUGGGGAUCGGCAUUACAGGACGUUUGAUGGACUAACAUUUGACUUUGUUGGAACUUGUAAGGUUUACCUAGUUAAGGGUACUUCUUCAACCAGUGUUUCUAUUAUUAUAGAGAAUAUAAACUGCUUUAAUACUGGAAUCAUUUGCAGAAAAAGCAUUUUCAUUAACGUUGGAAAAUCUUUUUUAAUAUUUGAUGAUGAAACUGGAAAUCCAAGCUUAUCUAGUUACAUAGAUGAACUACAAAAAGUACAGUUAUGGAAAGCUGGAUUUUUCACUGUUGUUCAUUUUCCUGAUGAGCACAUCACCGUUCUUUGGGAUCAAAGAACAACAGUUCAUGUACAGAUGGGUCAUCAGUGGCAGGGUGAAUUGACUGGAUUAUGUGGAAAUUUUGAUUUGAAGACAGUAAAUGAAUUGAGGACCCCAGAUAAUUUUGAAUUAACAAACUCACAAGAGUUUGGAAACAGCUGGACAGCUGUAGAGUGUGUUGACAGCUCUGACAUUCGAAAUCCAUGCAGUUUGAAUCCCCUUAGAGAGCCGUUUGCCAAGAAGGAAUGUGGAAUACUGUUAAGUGAAGCAUUUGAAGCUUGCCAUCCAGUGAUUGACGUCACCUGGUUUUACUCAAACUGCUUGACAGAUACAUGUGGUUGUAACCAAGGAGGUGACUGUGAGUGCUUCUGUACAAGUGUAUCAGCAUAUGCCCAUCAGUGCUGCCAGCAUGGAGUUGCUGUAGACUGGAGGUCCCCUAGAGUGUGUCCUUAUGAUUGUGAAUAUUUCAACAAAGCUCUGGGAAAGGGCCCAUACAAACUGGUCAGCUAUUUGGAUGGAGGAUUCGUAAUGGCAGUGAAACUGGUGGAUGGUGUUGUUUUCCCAGUGAGAGAAGAAGAUAUUGUUCCUGGACAUGCAGUGAGCUUUAUGCUGACUUCAGGACUUUAUAAACUCAAAGCACAUGAUUCCAGCUUGAUUUCAUUUGAAACAGCUGAGAGACCAAACUAUUUUCUUCAGUUGAACUCCAAUAAUAGUCUUGUUCUUUCUAAAUGGGAAAAAAGCGAAGAGUUUCACAACAGAUCUACAUAUGUCAUUCACAAGAAUACAUGGCUUUCAGGAUACUGUUCCUUUGAGUCAUUUGCAAAACCAGGAUACUUCAUCCACAUUUCAGCCUCUUCAGUUGCGCUUUUGAAGUACCAUCAUUCAGAGGAGUUCAGACUGUCGACCCUUUUUAAACUUGUAGAUGUCAAAUUUAAAUUUCUAUCCCGUUCUGCGUGUGAAUGGCAUUAUGAUGCCUGUACAAGCCCUUGUUUCAAGACAUGCAGGGACCCUUUGGCAAAAAACUGUCAGGCAGUACCAAAAGUGGAAGGAUGCAUCCCUGCCUGUCCUCUCAAUAUGUUGCUGGAUGAAGUCACUCAAAGAUGCGUGUAUUUUGAAGACUGCAUUGAACCUGCAGAUGAUAGUGCACCUUUGCCACCCAGCAUUCCAACACCAGCAGUUUCACACAUAACAUCAAGUACAAGUUUGGCAGUGAUCAGUGAAGUGGUAACUUCAUUUCCUGUACCUGAAGCAGAGGACAUGGAAACAACACUUGCUUCAAAAUUGCAACUCACUGCAACUACAGGGAGAACUGAAUUUUCAGCUGUUACAUCUAAUACAACACUUCCAACCAUAACUUUAUCAUCAAAUAUUUCUUCACAGUCAACAGAAAUGACAUCUGGGAGAAGCACUACAGCAAUGUCCAGGACAACAAAAUCUAAUGUAAGCUUGUCUUCUCCUGUUGAUAUGUCUCCACUGUUUCCAUCCACUAUCAGUUCAGAAACUUCCAUAAAGAUACAACCGAUCAGUAGUAGUUCCACUAAACUAUUGAGGGCUACAGAACCUCAGACAGUAACUGCUACACAUGCAGUGACCACAAGCACAGAAUCAGAAAGCAAACCAAUUUCUACUUUUAUUGUUACUGGGACACCACUUACACUUAGAACAACAGAAAUACCAGUCAAAACUAAAAUAAUGGAAAUAUCAGCAAUAGCCACAAGAACACUUCCCACAAAAGAAGCACAAGGAAAACCAGAAGGACUUACAACAUUUACACCCAGUUCAUUUGAAUCAGUAACAGAAAAAACUACUGCAUAUUUGCCCCAGUUUUCCUCAUCACCACCUCUGGGCAUGCCUUCAUAUACACCACCGGUAAAGCUAACAGGAACUUCAGAAGGGACAAAAAUAAGCAUAGAACAGUCAUUUACCACAGUAGCUAAUGUUACAGUAACAUCAUUUUCUCCUGUGAUCACUACUUUGUCUUUAGCAAAACCAGAGUCUUCAGCAACAACAAAAGCAGCAAUUGUUUCAACUGAACAAAGCGUAAAGACUGCAUUUUCAGCAACACCCACACCACCUAUUUCAUUUGGAAAGGUAAUUACAGAACCUCCUAUUGAAAUGGUUCAACACCUGACUGGUACUGCAGAGGUACCUUUUACUACAACUCUAGGUCCACAGACAACAACUCUGCAAACUCAAGAGGGAUCAUCAGAAAUGACUUUGUUAUCAUUUACAACUCAUAAACAGGAAACUCCCAAAGCAACAUCUCGUGUGGAGCAUACAUCAAGUUCCUAUUUCCCUCCAUAUUCACUACAUCCUAGUUCUACAACUGAAAAAUCCAUCACUCUUUCUACAAAAAGACCUUCAAUGUCUGUUCCUACUCCUGCUUCUCCAGCUUCAGGUGAAUUAAAAAAAACAUUCAAAACUGUUUCAACUACAGGAUAUCCCUCAUACGUAGUUCUAAACACAACAGAGUUCCUGACUACAUUAUACACUAAAUAUCCCAUUGUGGCCGAGACUAUCAGAGUGACACCUCUGUCUGUUGAGGUAACAUCCAAAAUAACAUCCCCUUUUGAAUUAGCAGCCAAGUCAACUUUGUUUUCUGGAAAAACACCUACUGAAUACAAGUCAACUCUGGUUUCAAGUACAGCAAAGACAAGCACUUCAGCAUAUUCAGGUAGUGUUACCACAUCAGCAAUGAAAACCUCUACCUCAUUAAAAGAAACCACGACAUUUCCUUUCAUAGCUACAGAAAGAGAGUCAGCUCAAAGAACAUCCGUCACUGGAUCUCCACUUACUCUCCUUAGUGCAACUGAAACCACAUUGUUGACAACACAGCCUGAUAAAUCACAAGUGGAAAGAAUUACUAGCAUCUCUACUAGAAAGCCAUCUGCUUUGCCUUCUUCACCAUCAAGUUCUCUAAUCUCUUUAAACAUUUCUCUUCCUUCACUACCCUCAUAUGGAAAAGAAGCAUCACUGACAGCUCUCAGUCCCGUGCAUACAUCCCAUGAAACAAUCUCUUUAUUUCCAGUAACAGAGGAGUCUUACAUUUUCUCCACCUCUCAGUAUCUAGCAGAUAGAUCGGUUUCUUCACCUUCUUUAACAAAAAUGAUACCAGAAGUAACAACAACACCAAAAUAUUCAGUAGAAACUAAAGCAGUUUCUACAGCAUUGAAAUCUACAGUCCAAAGUAUAACAGAUACAGUAAAACUUACAGCAGCUACAGCUCAGCUGUCCUUUCCUUCAUCUUCAGUAGGCCCCUUCUCUUGGCAGACAUCUUCAGGAGAUAAACUUUCAGUACAGGCCACAAAGACCAUGGCUCUACCACAUUUUUCUACUCAGAAGGCUAUGGAACUUGGUCAUCAGACUUCUGAGCCUUCAUUGACAAGCCAAAGCAGUACCCCAGUUUACCAGUAUCCUGCAGAAACUCCAACAAAAUCCACUGGUCAGCCACAACAUGUCUUUAGCACAACUGAAGCUACAGUAGAAUUGACUUCCUCAUACCCCUUAAUCACCUCACUACCUGAAGCUGCAUCAUCGGUCAGUACUACUCAAACUUCAAAACUUGAAAUAUCAUCUGAAGUGCAAACGCCUUCUGUGAGUUCGCUAUUAAUGAUAGCUGACCAUCCAAAUGACACAACAGCUCCAUCGGUUUCCUCAUUUGCCUAUGUGUCUACCAAACCACUUUAUGGCUUGACUACAACAUUUUCUGAUGGACUGGCAACAGCUGAAACCAUGUCAGGCAUCACAGCAUCAGCUUUUAUGCUGCCUAGAGAAACAGCAACUCUUCAGACUUGUACACCAAUCACAGAGAAUGAGUGCAUAAAACACAUUUGCUUGGAUGGACAACUGAUCCAAGUUAAUAAGUCGCAGAACUGCCCGUACAAUGCAACUCAACCCAGCUGUGGAGUUUUAGGAUUUGCUACUCAAGUGAAUGGUGACAAAUGCUGCCCAAAGUGGGAAUGUGCAUGUCGUUGCACAAUUUUCUCUGAUCUGAGCAUUGUAACCUAUGACGGAAAUCAUUUGGCUUUAUUCAAAGAAGCAUCCUACGUUGUUAGCCAAACUCAAGAUGAAACUAUAACCAUCCAUGUCCUUGACUGUAGAAUGAGUAAUUCAAAUUCAACUUCUUUGUGCCUGGCAAUGUUGAAUUUAACCUAUAUAUCAAACGAAAUUAUUAUCAAUCGUUUAAGUAGAAAAAUAACAGUAAAUUCAAGAUAUGCUUGGCCUACUGUUAGAAAAUACGGGUACAAAGUUGAGGAUUCAGGCUUCAAGUAUGCAGUUGAGACCCCAACAAAAACCAGAAUUCAGUGGUUUCACAAUACGGGCGUGAUGAUAAUUGAGUUUAAUAGUACCAGAGAACCAAGAGCUUUGGGACUAUGUGGUUUUUGUGAUAGAAGCUUGGAAAAUGAUCUGAUGCUACCCAACAGGACAGUUUUAAGCAAAAGCGAUGCUCUAUUGACUUUUAUAGACAGCUGGCAAGUGCCAGACACGUUAAAGUAUGUUGGAGAAGACAGGCAUCAGGAAACUAAUUGCUCAGUCAUCGACUGCUCAGAGUGCUUAAGACUGGUGUUGAACCAGACCUUCAGCAGCUGUCAUCCUUAUGUUCCACCUGAGCUAUUCUGUAAUAUAUGGGUUCAAGACACUGAGUACAUUCGAAAUCCAUGCAUUUCACUAGCUGCCUAUGUAGCAAUGUGCAACAAAUUUAAUAUUUGUAUAGAAUGGAGGAGCUCUGAUUACUGCCCUUUCCCCUGCUCUGAAAACUUCUCCUAUCAGGCUUGUAUAGCUGCCUGUCAGGUUGCAGAUAGUUGUCAGAAUAAUGAGGUUGCUUCUCUGGACUCAGACUCCUGCUCAGUGUUGACAGAAGGCUGUGUCUGUGCUGGAGGGACCAUCCUUCACCGAGCUCACACUGCUGUCUGUAUUCCUGAAGAAAAAUGUGCUUGUACAGACAGCUCAGGAGCACCUCGUGCAGUAGGUGAGAUCUGGAAAACUUCUUUGAGUGGAUGCUGUAUGCAAAAAUGUGUUGACAGUGAGACCAUUAUUCCAGUGGAGUACAACUGUUCAGAUAUCCACAAUUUAGAGUGUCAGCGAUUUGCAGAAGUGGCCUUGCUUGUUCCUGGUGAUCAGACAUGUUGUCCUCAGAAGAUCUGUAUUUGUAAUCAGAGCCUCUGUGAACCCCUAAUCCCUGAGUGUAAUGGCUUGGAAAAGCUGGUCACUUACUACAGUGAAGAGUCCUGUUGUCCCAACUACGUUUGCGAAUGUGAUCCAGCAAAAUGUGUACCAGUGGAGCAGAUGCCAAGCUGUCAAGAUGAUCAAACACUAAUUGCUGCUCGGGUGGAGAGUACCUGCUGCAUUUCCUAUAUAUGUGCAUGCGAGGCUUGCUCUGAUCAAAUACCCAAAUGUCAAGAAGGAGAAGUUCUUAUUGUGGAUGGCAACACUACAGAGAGGUGUUGCCCUACAUACCAGUGUAUUUGUGAAAUACAUCGUUGUCCUGAAUUCAGAUGUAUGCUAGGCAUGUCUUUGGUGGAGGUAUGGAGCCCGGAGAAGUGCUGCCCCUUUCGAACAUGUGAAUGUGCAUGUGAAACGAUCCCCAAACCUCAGUGCAAACUGGGGCAGAAACUUCAGAUAGAUGAACAGUUUCAGAACAGUACAGAAAAUAUCUGUAACUGUGUUAAGUACAAAUGUGUGAGAGACAAAGUUUGCCUGAGUAAUGAGAGAGCUGUGCUGCUUCCUGGACAGACAAUUGUGGAACACAGUGCAGACGGCAUUUGCCGUAUUUCUUACUGUACAAAUAUGAUUGAUCCCUCCACUAAAUACUACCGUAUGAACACAUCUUCAAUAGACUGUGCUGUCAACUGCAAAUCUAACCAAGUCUACCAGCCUCCAAAAGAUUUAACAACUUGCUGCGGUAGCUGUAAGAACUUGUCUUGUCUCCACACUUUCAGCAAUGGCACAGUUUCCAAUUUUAAACCUGGUACUGUUUGGAUUUCAAACUGUAUCAGAUACGAAUGCACUAACACAGCAAUAGGACCAGUUCUGGUUUCCUCUUCAGUUGGCUGCCCACCCUUUAAUGAAACUGAAUGUGUGAAGGUUGGAGGCUAUGUUGUACCAUUCUUAGAAGGCUGCUGCAAAACAUGUAAGGAAGAUGGAAAAUUCUGUAAAAAGGUGACUGUGAGGAUGACUAUUCGCAAGAAUGACUGCAGGAGUAACACACCGGUGAACAUUGUUUCAUGUGAUGGAAAGUGCCCAUCUGCCAGCAUUUAUAACUACAACAUCAACACAUACGCAAGAUUCUGCAAAUGCUGCAGGGAGCUCGGACUACAGAGACGAACUGUGCAAUUGUAUUGCACUAGUAAUUCAACCUGGGUCAGCUAUUCAAUCCAAGAGCCUACAGAUUGUUCUUGCCAAUGGUCUUAA